CAUUUGCAGAAGCAAAACUGAAAUAAAUAGAAAAGGGGAAAAACAUAAACAAUCCCUUGUGGACCCCAUUCCAAGCUGUCUUGGUUUGGAUGACCAACAAAAAAAGGCUCCAACUUUUUUUAAAAUUAAAAAAUAAAUCCGAAAUUGGUAAAUCAUUACACUGCUUAUUGUCUUCCUCCCCGGUCGUUUUUAGUUUACAUAAUUUCACACUUGACCAACUCCUUUUUCCCAAACAAAAACCCCACCUUCCACCGACCUCCCCUUCUCAAUUCUAGGGUUCCAUGUCCGAUAUUACACCUCUUCAUUUCUAGGGUUUUUCAGGGGUUUUUCCUUUAAAACAUGUGCCUUCUUUUUACUAUUACUUGAUCCACAAUCUUCUUUUCUUCCAAUUCUAAUUCAAACCUUCCCUCUUCUCGUCUACUUCUUCAUAUUACCAAUUUUAAAUGGCUUAUCAACCGGGCCCAGGCUCCGGUUCCAGUUCAAGUUCAGGCUUUCACUACUUGAAUUCCCCUUUUGGGGAUACCACUUACACUAAGCUUUUUGUUGGGGGUCUUGCCUGGGAGACUCAAAGUGACACUAUGCGCCGUUAUUUCGACCACUUUGGCGAUAUUCUUGAAGCCGUUGUCAUUGCUGAUAAGAAUACAGGCCGAUCAAAAGGCUACGGUUUUGUGACUUUCCGGGAACCGGAGGCUGCUAAGAGGGCUUGUGCUGAUCCUACUCCAAUUAUUGAUGGUAGACGUGCUAAUUGUAAUCUAGCUUCACUUGGCCGGCCGAGGCCCCCACUGCCAUUUGGACGCGUGAGACCGGCAACUACCCCAUAUAUUGCAACUGUGCAAGCCCCCCGAGGAACAUAUGCUGGAAAUCUUGGCUACCAUCAACCGUUGUCAUACGGCUAUCAACAAGGAUUGAUGUAUCAUCCGUAUGGUUAUGCAGCAUAUGGGCCUGAAUAUGUAUACCAACAGGGUGUGUACAACCCUUAUGCUGGUCAGCAGUACCUUCAGUUAUAUGGUGUACCUGGGACUGUGAACUCAGCAGUGUAUCCUUAUGGGCAGCUGAGUCAAACUCUUCCAAGUGGUCACGGUUAUACAGCAAUGCAGGCAUAUGCUAUGCCAGGUCAUCAGAUCGUACAGUUUGGUGGAGGAGCUAGUGUUAAUGCAAUUACAACUUCACCUAUGCCAACUAUUCAAGCACCUUACCCUACAGGUUUAGCUGCACCUGUUCCAGCCCAAGCACAAUUUAUGAUUCCUGCUCCUUCUCAGUAUAUGCAGGGCAGCGGUUCUGACCAAAUGGCUGGGUGAGGUGUUGAUCACGAAUUUUUUUCCUUCAGGUAUUCUUACGACUCAGCAGGACUAAGAGCAGCAAGACUGCUACUUUAGUGGCGGGCUUCAAAUCUAGCCUUGCAAACUGUUUAUUUUACAUUCUAGAGGUCUACAUAGUCGUUCUCACCAGAGAAAUUAAAGUCGGGUGUCUUGUGUUGCUCCAAAUGGCGGAGAAGGAAUGUGGAAGAUGCUAACAUAUCUUCCUUUACUUUAGUGUAUCAUAAACAUCAUAUCAUAUACUGCAGGAGCUCAGGACGGGCUUCAGGCAGUAGCGCAUUGGAUGGAUGCCGGAGUGGGUUUCUGGCAGCCAUUUUAUGGGGUAAUAAAAAUGUGUAAAAAGAAAAGGUGAAAGUUUGAUGUUAGAAUCAAGAUAUGAUUCUUUGUUAGUGUUAGACUCCCAGCAUUUGGGUGUAUAGGUUAGUCUCUGGUGCCUUUGUUGGUGUCAUGCAUUGUUACUUAAAUAGCUCCAUUCAUGUUUUGUGCAUAUUAGUGGUGUAGAGGGUUCUUUUGUUUGGACGCUCAAAACUCUUUUGUUAAUUUGACUAUUUAUGAAGAAAAGCCAAACCUCAAAGCAUGGGGUUGAAGCUUCUGCUUUAUAUUUAA